AAAAGACAGCGAUCGUAUCCUGGACACAUGCACAGAGGCCUUGAGACUAGGCUGAGGACGUUCUUUAGGUGGAAGCGUGAUAGUAGAAGGCGAACAUGUUUUGCAGGGAAUGAUACAUCGGUUGAUCUCCUGCCCGCGCUCGUGCCCUCCUGAUGGUCUCUGUCAAAAAAGUGCAACUUGGACGGCGAAGGGCGUGUAUAAGCUUGCAGCUUCGUUACAGAUUGAGGAGACAAGCCGAGAGUCGGACCGGGAGGUUGUCUGGCUGGUUGUGGAACGCAUGUGGCUCGAAUCAUUCAACCAUCUACUAUUAUCAUCCAGCGGGCACUUGGCACUAUGCAGUGCGUUUAUUAAUGCGCGACUAUUUGACAUGUGCACGAAUAUGCUGCCACUCGCGGCGACACCCGUUAGCCCUGCUGCCGGUACCCUCCACUUCCGUUUGCAUCCAUUCCCUUGCCUCUUUAAUCCGGACCCCAACCGUCAAGGCUCUCUAUUGCUUCAAACGACGUACGUGUUGUACGAUCUUCCGUCGAUGUCUGGCAGCAAAAUGACGCCUCGUUGGCUUUACAGCUGGCGGACCACUGGACAGGCGGGUGAUCUUUCUUGUUGGGCAAUAUAGGCUUAAAGAGAACGUUGUCCUUGUCUUGGAAUGUCCUGGGGGACAUGGCCUCGGUGCUCUGCAACCCAUAGUGGGCGGGCUGUUCUGGAUGUCCCGUGAAGCUAGAGCCAGGGAGCGUGUCGGUUUGCAGCUGGUG